ACCGGACAGUGAGAAACCUGACCAUAUUGACUCUUUCGCCAUUCAAAGUGGAUUAUUCGACCUUUUUAUUCAGGAAAAGUCGACUUCGACAUUUUUUUCCCAAUUUGUCGAAAGUCUACUUUUAGAUCCCUAGACCUUAAUCUCGGUCCUAUCUACAAUUUAAUUUGAUUUGGAGAGUGAAGGCAAAAGUGAAACUCAGAACGGUGGCCAAUAAUGAAUGGGAUUGUUGAUCAUUUCAGAAAAAGUAAAAAACGAGAUUAGAAGACACAAAUCACACCACAACUACUACUACUAAAAUGGAUCCUUCUCUUGUAAAUCUCGCAAGUAAUUGGACUCGUGUCGGUGGUUGUCCUUUCGAGGAAAUUUUGCAGGUUAAAAGUGCCGACCCCGAUGUAUUCUUAAGACCAACGUUGAAUGAAUUGCUGAAUCAGGAUAAAGCUAUUUUAUUGAAGAAAGGAGAUUGUACAGAAUGCUUCGAAAUACAUAUACAAUUAAUCCCUGAGUAUAAAAUCCAGGCCAUAUCUUUUAUUUCCAAUAUAACAAAGGUGGAAAUUUUUCAAGGCAAAAUGGAGGAAUAUUUAAAAACUUUAUAUGGGACACUUGAGAAAGAGGACGAUGACAUUGUUGAUGAAGAUUUCAAAACCUACCGCUACGACUUGGAGGUAGAAAAAUCGGGAAUAACAGAUGUAGCCAUAAAAUUUCUUUCCUCUGCUGACGAAGUAUGUAUAUUUGGAAUUCAGGUACAAAUAGCUCCUAAUCCCAAUGGAAUUACAACGCUGGUAUCCAACUGCAUUAACUACGAUAAUGUACAAAGCAUUUUACAAAGUUCUAACACUGGAAGUCUGGCAUCGGAGAAAUGUACGCAAUUAUUAAACAUCUUUGCAAAAUCGAAAUGUCCCUCCAAGUUUAGAUCCGAAUCUUCCGAAAAACUGAAAGCUUUUGACAUGAAGGUUGUGAAUGAGGCAUCCUCUAUACAAACUUAUAUUGAUCAUAGACUGAAUAAAAUGGAAGAACGCUUGAAUGAGCGUCUAACAUGUAUCGAGAAAAAACAAACUGAAAUAGUCGAUUGUUUAAUAAAAUUGUUAGAGAAAUUAGAAUCAAAAUAAAUGCACAGAAAUUAGUUGGUCAAUAUGCCUGCAUUAAUAUGAUAA